GGGGGCUGCCUUUGAUGAUAAUAUAGAGAUCGAGCGGCGGGCCAUGCAAGGUGAGACCUCUUCAGCACGUAAGGUAAUGGUGGUAGCAGAGCCAACCCGCGAGUCAGCGGUUGCACUACAAUACGCUCUUUCCCAUGCAGUGCUUGAGCAAGACGAAUUGGUUCUCCUCCACGUCGAAAACCCAAACUCGUGGCGAAACACAUUCACGAUGUUCCUCAGAAGGCCAGGUGCAGGCUCCUCUUCCACCAUGGGAUGCUCGGAUGGAGGUGGAGGGGGUGAGGAUUUUGUUGAAGAAAUGAAGCAUGCAUGCAAAGCUGCUCAGCCGAAACUGCGGGUACAUGUAGAGAGGGUGGAAAUAUUGGAAGGCAAGGACAAGGCAAGCGUUAUUCUUUUCCAAAGCAUGUUACUCAGGAUCGAUCUCAUAAUUAUAGGGCAGCGGCGAAGCCUCUCAACAGCAAUUUUAGGAUGUAGGCGGUCGGGAGGAUCUAUGAGAGGGACCAAAGGGAUAGACACAGCAGAGUAUUUGAUUGAGAACAGCAAGUGCACCUGUGUUGGAGUACAGAAAAAGGGCCAAAAUGCAGGCUUUCUUCUCAAUACAAAAACCCACAAAAAUUUCUGGCUCCUGGCAUAA